AUGAUCAAUCCUCUCCCGUAAAUUCUUUUCUCCAAAACUUCAUCAAGGAGAGAAAUAAACACAAGCGGAAGUUCCAAGAAAUUGCUAAUCCUUUUCACAAGCUACACAGAAACCUCCUUUCAAAUACCAUCCGCAAACACAUUGCAGAGGCACGAAAUCAAAUAUAGCAGAACAGUAAAUACUCAAGAUCAGCUUUGUAAAAACCCGGAUACCUAUACUUCAAAUUCCUGCAUCCCACACACCCCAUUACACGAAGGAAAAGCCGGAAGUCUGGCUGUAAACUUCGAAAAAAUACACAAUUCUGCUCUGCAACGCAACUUCCCCCAUGGAGCACGAGAUCUUGCAACAUUACCAUUCACAACUCUAUCCCCCCCCAUGGACGACAGUAGUUUAAGCUGCAUUCCUCAAUACAUGAAGCAUAUAAAUAACUUCUCUUCAACAAGGCUUUAG